AUGGUCCUCAGAAUAGGUCCUAAGGCCCCUCUAGAUUCAGGACUCUGUUGGGGGACUGAGUGCCAUGUAGGCCACACAACACUAGUGCUGAUGCUGUUUGCCACUAUGCUGGUGACUUGGCUUGAAGCUGCUAAACUCACUGUGGGCUUCCAUGCCCCCUGGAACAUCUCCCACCCAGUCAGUGCGCAGAGGCUGGGGGCAGGCCUCCAGAUUGCCAUGGACAAGGUCAACGCAAAGCCAGUAGUGGGGCUUGGAAACUUCAGCUGGGAGUUCACUUACACCGACUCAGCCUGCAGCACCAAGGGGUCUCUUGCUGUUUUCAUCAACCAGGUCCAGAAAGAACAGAUUUCUGCCCUGUUUGGCCCAGCAUGCCCAGAAGCAGCAGAGGUUACUGGUUUGCUGGCUUCUGAGUGGAAUAUCCCCAUGUUUGACUUUGUUGGACAAAUGGCAAUACUGGAAAACCACUUUUUGUAUGAUACCUGUGUGACACUUGUGCCCCCGAAGCAGGAAAUUGGUGAUGUGCUCCAGAAAAGUCUCCAGUACCUGGGCUGGAAGCACAUUGGGAUGUUUGGAAGCUGCUAUGGGGCUUCCUCCUGGGAUGAGUUGGAUAAGCUGUGGAGGGUUGUAGAGGAGGAACUGCAGUCCCAGUUUACCAUCACUGCCAGCAUGAGAUGCACCAGCCACGACCCAGCCCUCCUCCAGGAGGCUCUCAGGAACGUGUCAGCCCUGGCCAGGGUUAUCAUCUUAAUCUGCAGCUCAGAGGAUGCAAAGAGGAUUCUGCUGGCUGCAGAGAAUCUAGGACUCGAUACCAGAGAAUUUGUCUUCAUCAUUUUGCAGCAGCUGGAGGACAGUUUUAGGAAGGAGCUGCUGACAAAUCAGAAGGUGACACAGUUCCCAACUGUCUACGAGUCGGUGUUUCUCAUCUCCCCCAGUUCCUAUCGGGAAGGCCCGGGACAGGACGACUUCCGGAAACAAGUGUACCAAAGGCUGAGGGGGGCCCCCUUCCACAGCCCCAUAGCCUCGGAGGAGCAGGUGAGCCCCUACGCUGCCUACCUGCACGAUGCCUUUCUGCUCUACGCCCGGACCGUGGGAGAGAUGAUAAAGGCCGGAAGAGACUUUCGAGAUGGGCGGCAGCUGCUCAGCACCCUGAGAGCCAAUCCGACCCCACUGCAGGGAAUAACUGGCUCUGUGUUUGUGGACUCCCAGGGAGAAAGGCACAUGGAUUACUCUGUCUAUGCCCUACAGAAAUCUGGAAAUGGGACCUUUUUUCUUCCUUUUCUUCAUUAUGACAGCUAUAACAAAGUCAUCAGGUCCUUGAGGAAUUUCUCCAAUAUUACGUGGCCCCGUGACUUCCUCCCUGGAAACAGACUCAGACCUGGAUGUGGAUUUCCCAAUGAGCUCUGCCAAGUGGAGCCUACUUUCCCAGGUGGGACUGUUGUGAUUCUCACCGUGAUGCUCCUGGUCACUGUCUUGGGAGUUGCCACUGUAGCUCUGGCUGUAAGGGUGCAGCAGGGAAAGCGACAGAGCCGAAAUAAAGACACCUGGUGGCAAAUCAACUAUGAGGACAUCACUAUCCUGCCCCAGAACAAGCCAUCGCAGAGGAGCACACUCAUGUCCAGAGGCGACCACAGCGAUGUGUCCAGUGGGAUGAGUUCUGUGGACCUCUACUCCUUUGUCAAGAGCCCACAGCGGGAAGAGCUGCUGUUUGCCCCAGUGGGGCUUUACCAGGGAAACCACGUAGCCAUCCACUAUGCUGGUGAUCAAGCCAACGCCUGGGUUAGAAAGCCGACCAUGCUGCAGGAAGUCCGGCUGAUGUGUGAGUUAAGGCAUGAAAACAUCGUUUCCUUCUUUGGUGUUUGCACAGAACCACCUAACAUCUGCCUUGUCACCCAGUAUUGCAAAAAAGGGAGCCUCAAGGACGUUUUGAGAAACUCAGAUCAUGAAAUGGAUUGGAUAUUCAAAAUCUCAUUUGCGUAUGACAUUGUCAAUGGCAUGCUGUUCCUCCACAGGAGCCCACUGGGGUCCCAUGGCAACCUGCAACCUUCCAACUGCCUGGUGGAUGCUUGCAUGCAGGUGAAGCUGUCUGGAUUUGGGCUGUGGGAGCUCAAGUAUGGCCAGACACAUAGAGCACAGAAUGAGAAAACCACAGACCACACAGAGCUCUACUGGACGGCGCCUGAGCUCUUGCGUCUUCCCCAAGUGCCCUGGCGGGGCACCCCGAAGGGAGAUGUCUACAGCUUCGCAGUCCUCAUGCGGGACCUGAUCCACCAUCAGGACCACGGACCCUUUGAGGACCUGGACGCGGCCCCAGAUGAAAUCAUCAAGCAAAUCAGAGAGCCCACAGCGGCGGGGCCCCUGCGACCUUCCCUGUCUGAGGAAAGGGGCAGUGCAGAGAUCCUAGUCAUGGUGAGGACCUGCUGGGAUGAAUCUCCAGAAAGAAGGCCCACUUUCUCUUCCAUCAAGAAAAUUUUACGAGAAGCCAGCCCCGGAGGCCAGGUGAACAUCCUGGAUAGUAUGAUGAGCAAACUGGAAGUGUAUGCCAGCCACCUGGAGGAAGUGGUAGACGAGAGGACCAGCCAGCUGAUGGCAGAGAAGAGGAAGGUGGAGAAGCUUCUGUCCACCAUGCUGCCCAGCUUCAUUGGAGAACAGCUCAUCGCUGGAAAGUCGGUGGAACCGGAACAUUUCGAGUCUGUGACAAUCUUUUUCUCGGACAUCGUGGGGUUCACAAAGCUGUGCUCCCUCAGCUCCCCCUUGCAAGUGGUGAAGCUCCUCAACGACCUCUACAGCUUAUUUGACCACAUCGUUCAGACCUACGACGUGUACAAGGUCGAAACCAUUGGAGAUGCUUACAUGGUGGCUAGCGGACUUCCCAUCCGCAAUGGGACCCAGCAUGUCGACCAGGUGGCUACCAUGGCCCUGAGCUUGCUUGGUGCCACCAUCCACUUCCAGAUCGGGCACAUGCCAGAGGAGAAGCUCCAGCUCCGGAUUGGCCUCCACACAGGUCCCGUGGUGGCAGGUGUGGUGGGAGUCACCAUGCCCAGGUACUGUCUGUUCGGCGACACGGUGAACAUGGCGUCCAGAAUGGAAAGCAGCGGCUUGCCUCUUCGGAUCCACGUCUCUCAGAGCACGGCAGGCGCCCUGCUGGCCAUGGGCGGGUACCAUCUGCAAAAGAGAGGGACCAUUCCAGUCAAGGGCAAAGGAGAACAGACAACCUUCUGGCUGAAAGGCAAAGAAGGCUUCACGAUUCCGCUCCCUGAGUUUCCUGAGGAAGAAGUGGGAGACCCGGAGAUCGUGUGAGCACAAUAAACAAGUUUGUCAUCUCUGAGGACGACCUUGGGGCAGGAGCUGCAGCUUUCUGGCUAACUCCUACAAUACGGCACAGAUCCCCAGCAUCAGGAGAAGGUGAUAGAGAACAUCUGUGAACCAGAAGGGUGGAAAACGAUACUGAGAAACAGUGGUACGAAGGCCAGGGCUAGCCAACCUGACUCAACACAACCUGUCAACUCCUGGUUUUACGUGGCUCUUCAUAAAACCCUCCACAUUUUAUGCAGUCAUUUUUGUUAGUCCCCUGAAGAUUCAGAACUAAGAACCUGACCAAUAAACCUAGCUUGUGGACCUCUGGCAAGUGGGCAUCUGGACUUGGAUCAUGCAGUAAUGGCGAAGCUCCCUGUCACGCUCUUGCUGUAGGUCUUCCCUUAGACAUGAGCGUCUAGAGUUGGACUUUAAAAAGUUGAUUUACAUGAUUUUCCUUAGUGAUGAGAGCAGUGUCUGCGUCUGUGAGCUUAUUAAUAAAUGGGAUGGUCUUACUCCA